CGCUUCGAGCUUGUUCUCCCGGGGGUCAAGGAUGGUGCACGGCGCCCUGCCUCGACUCUAUUCUUCCAUCCGGUCAGGGGAACCCCGGGCCAAGACUCUGGUGCCCACUGUCACCUGGAAGCGACUUUUGCUGGUUUUCCCCUGGUCCACGGAACGAGUAGGAACGAGUAGGAGUUUAGGAGUCGAAGUGGGAGACUGAGGGCUUGGAUAGGCUGGGAGCAGCAGUUGUUCUCUACUGUCCCUUUGGGUCUAGAGGUUUUAACUUCAUUUAAAUCUUAACUGUAGCCCUGGGGAGAGGCAUUUAUUACCCCCAUUUCACUGCUCUGCCAGGGUGAUAAAUGACACACCCUGAGGCAAACCACUGGAAAAAAGACGCUGGUCCUGGGGCUCCGAAGCCCUCAAGCGUCUACUUUCUUUCCCUCUCUACCUGUCACGCCAAGUCUAGGAAACAAUGCGCUGCUGGGUUUGUGAUGAAACAGCUUUUUUAGGUGAAAGAAGCUCUCGCUCACAGUCCAUUCCUCCCUUGCCGCCUGUUUUCUGGAUGCACCCCUGCCUGACACACACUUCUCAUCUUUCUCGGUGGAUGACGUCGUCUGUAGCGUCUGGCUGGGCCUUAAAGGCUGCCCGGUUGGAGUGCUAUUCUCCAUCUCAAGAUGUCUUUACACUUCCAAUAAAUGCAAACUGACAAAUCUCCAGGCCACGACAGAGGGGAAAUCAUUACUUCUUGAAGCCUGGAAGACAGCCCUUGAUAAAGCCAAAUCCCUGAUUGAUGUUGCAAUGCUGAGGAAGUUCUGGAAGAGGAGACUUUUUUCUUAUCCCACUAAAUACUACUUCCUAUUUUUUAUUUUUUCCCUAGUCACCUUCUCUGUUUUGAAAAUUCAUCAAAAGCCUGAAUUUGUAAAUAUUGGACAUUUGGAGCUGGUUGAAGAGAAUCCUAGUAGUAGUAUUAAUUGCACCAAAGUUCUACAGGGUGAUGUAGAUGAAAUCCAAAAGGUAAAGCUUGAGAUACUAACAGUGAAAUUUAGAAAGCGCCCUCGAUGGACAGCCUUUGACUACAUAAACAUGACUGCUGAUUGCCCUUCUUUCAUCAAGAAGCGCAAAUAUAUUACAGAACCGCUUAGUAAAGAAGAGGCAGAAUUUCCAAUAGCAUAUUCUAUAGUGGUUCAUCACAAAAUUGAAAUGCUUGACAGACUCCUGAGGGCCAUCUAUAUGCCUCAGAAUUUCUAUUGCAUUCACGUGGACAAAAAAUCAGAGGAAUCCUUUCUGGCCGCAGUGAUUGGUAUUGCGUCCUGCUUCAGUAAUGUCUUUGUGGCCAGUCAACUGGAGAGUGUGGUGUAUGCAUCAUGGAGCCGGGUUCAGGCUGACCUCAACUGCAUGCAGGACCUCUACCAGAUGAAUGCAGACUGGAAGUACUUGAUAAAUCUCUGCGGUAUGGAUUUCCCUAUUAAAACCAACCUGGAAAUUGUCAGGAUGCUCAAGCUGCUAAAGGGUGGGAGCAACCUUGAAACUGAAAGAAUGCCAUCCAACAAAAAAGAACGGUGGAAAAAACAUCACACAGUUGUGAAUGGAAAGCUGACAAACAUGGGGACUGACAAAAUACAUCCUCCUCUUGAGACCCCUCUGUUUUCAGGCAGUGCCUAUUUCGUGGUCAGUAGGAGUUAUGUGGAGUAUGUGCUGGAGAAUGAAAAAAUCCAGAAGUUUAUGGAGUGGGCAAAAGACACAUACAGCCCAGAUGAGUAUCUCUGGGCCACUAUUCAAAGGAUCCCAGAAGUCCCAGGCUCACUGUCCUUAAGCCACAAGUACGACAUGUCUGACAUGCAUUCGAUUGCAAGGUUUGUCAAGUGGCAGUACUUUGAAGGCGACGUUUCCAAGGGCGCUCCCUACCCACCGUGCAGCGGCAUCCACGUGCGCUCUGUGUGCAUUUUCGGAGCCGGUGACUUGAACUGGCUGCUGCACACACAUCACUUGUUUGCCAACAAGUUCGACACAGACAUCGACCUCUUCGCCAUCCAGUGUUUGGACGAGCAUCUGAGACAUAAAGCACUGGAGGUGUUAAAACACUGACCGUUGUUGUAUGUGAUUUUAGAAAUAACCAGGCUGCAUGAGAUGUACCACAUUUGAUUCCUUUGCCUACAGAAUCAAGCUCUCCAUGCUAGGGAAGCUAUAGAGUUUCUGCAGAGCACGGUGUGUUAGAAAGGUAGUAGCCUUAAGCCUUGACUUAGAACUAAUGAAUGCCCAGGGCAGGUUGCAAGGCAUUGUGGGGAGAGGUGCCCCAAGUGGCUGGAGAAGAGGCUAAAUGCCCUCUAGCUUGUUAAAAGCGCUCAGGGACUUAACAAAACCCUAAGAUUUGACCUGUGCCAAAAUUACUUGGAGAGCUUUCAAUAUUAUGGUUUUCCAGAUUUUAAUAAAUUUUUACCAACAACCAAUAGUAAGGAUGUAAUUUAUCUUGUAGGUUGUGUCUGUUGAAAGAGAAGUUUGACUUUAAAUGAUCUUUGUAAGUGAUGUACUUUCUGCUGUAACAUUGCUCUGUGACCUGUAUCUGUAUAUGCUAUCUCAGGGAACUUGAAAAAAUGGGCUUGAUUGAA